ACAAAAAUGGCAGAGACGGAGAAUGAGGUGGAGGUAUUGGUUCAGAGAGUUGUAAAAGAUAUAAAUAACGCCUUCAAGAGAAACCCCAAUAUUGAUGAGAUAGGUCUGAUCCCGUGUCCAGAGGUCAGGUAUAACCGCAGCCCCAUCGUGCUGGUAGAGAACAAGRUGGGYGUGGAGAGCUGGUGUGUCAAAUACCUGCUACCCUACGUCCACAACAAGCUACUGCUCUACAGGCAGCGCAAACAGUGGCUGGACAGGGAAGCUCUGGUAGACAUCACCUGCACUCUGCUGCUGCUCAACCCAGACUUCACCACUGCUUGGAAUGUCAGGAAGGAACUGCUACAAUGUGGAGCCCUGAGUCCAGAGAGAGACCUGUACCUGGGGAAACUGGCCCUCACCAAGUUCCCCAAGAGCCCCGAGACAUGGAUACACAGGCGCUGGAUACUACAGCAGGUGUUACGGGAGUGCUCUUCCCCCGGGCCGGACAGGAAGGAGCAGGGGGACGGUGAUCGGCGUGACGCGGCAGAGAAGACGCGUCUGAGUGAGCACCUCCACAGGGUUCUACACGAAGAGAUGAAGGUGUGUGCCGACGCCGCCGGCCGUUACCCUAGCAACUACAAUGCCUGGUCGCACCGUAUUUGGGUCCUGCAGAACAUGGCCCCGGGCAACCUCAAGUCCUCCAUGAUGAGCUCUCCUCUAUGCGUCAGUGGGUCUCCAUGCACGUGUCGGACCACAGUGGCUUCCACUACCGCCAGUUCCUGCUCAAGGCCCUGGUCAGGGAGCUCAGCCAGUCCCUGUCCUCCUCCUCCUCUCCCCAGCACUACCAUCCUCAGCCCAGCUCUAACCCUAGCCACAGCCCCCACAAAGCCAACCCCCACCACCAGGCCAACGGAGAGGCCACAGCAGCAGCCCCCUGCCCCUCUCCCCCCUCCCCAGAGGACCUGGCCUCGGUGCUGGCAUUGCCCCAGCUCUUCCACCAGGAGGUGGAACUAUGUACUGACCUCAUCAAGUCCUUCCCCGGACACGAGACACUCUGGUGUCACAGGCGACACGUCUUCUACCUCUGGCACCACUGGAGGAGGGACCACCACUACGGCCAGGGCUUUGGCAGCGAGUCUCCCCAACCGAACCACACCGAUGCUGGGCUGAGCAGCCACCCUCACACGGCCUGCCCUGGAGGUGUGGGUCUAGACAGGGUGCAGCGCAGGAAUGGACAGGCUCAGGAGGGUCAGGAUGCCAUGGAAGUGGACGGGGUUGGGGUCCCGGACCCCCGUGACACCAAGCGCCUGAAGAGGGGUCCCCCUGGCCCCUGCCCCCCUGCUCUGCCCUCAGAGCACAGCUUCGUAGCCAGUGUCCUGGACAGCUGCCGCUCCCCUGAGCAGGGACGCUUCGCCCUCGCAUACAGGAAGUGGCUGGACUCUGUUAUUGGUCAGUGAGAUAUAGACUAACUCUGUCAUUGGUCAGUGAGAGGAUAUACUUCCUGUUCCACCGGAGAUGGGCAGCGGUUAGAAGUUUCCCACCUGCACAGAUCUAGCAUCCUCUCACCCUUACCCAACCCCUAACCUUAACCAUUAGGGCGAGAACUGCUAAGAACUGUCCCUAGAUCAGCYUCUAGUGGCUGGUCAAUUCAUCCUAUUCUUCAAUACUCGUGAAGGUGGCUGGGGGUCUCUGAUAGGUCAAGUAAUUUGUGGCCCCUCCCACCCUCCUGAAAAUGCCUGGACUCUGAUUCAUCCGCAGAGCUUUGUCUGGGAAUGGAAGUCUGAGAAGGGCUAUUCUCUGGAAGAGUACAGUCUGUCUCCUUGGCCUGUUUGUCUGUUAGUAGUCUUAGUUCAGGUCUCUCUCAAUGUUAGGGACUAGAACAACCAUUCUGUCAGUCCUUUUAGUUGUUUCACUUAUGAGAUCCAUGUCUCCGUUUCAUUCAUCAUGUCACUGUUUCAUUCCUUUUGUCUCCCACUACCUGUAGAAGAAUAGCCUAUGUGAAGCUGCCAUGGUUAUCCGUUAUCCAUCACUAAUCMUGUUGUUUUCUAGUCAGUUCUGCUGACUACUUUGAGAUGAGCAGUGCAGCAAACAAUGAAUUGUCAACAUACAAAAACAAAGAAGGAAAAACUAGUCAAGCCAUUCCUGAUGUGUCGCUACYGACAACCGUACAACUAUAAAACCUUAAGACAGAGCACAACCAUGAACCAACCAAACUCUAAGACCCUAUGAUCUGUGAACCGUACAAGUUAAGACAUCUUGGUGUCAUCAUAAUAAACCUUAUAGUGUGCUCUAAAAUAUGGAGUAUGACUAGAUUCUGAAAUACAAUUUUCACYUUAAUUUAUUCAACAUAAA